AUGGCUGCUGAACGCCUAAACUCUAUCCUUUCCCACCUCCGCCCCGGGAAUAAGGGCGUCGCCGCUAUCUCGCAGAAGAAUCCCGACGACGUCGUAAUAACCCUCUCCCUCCGCACUCCGCUCACAAAAUCCCGAAAGGGCGGCUUCAAAGACACAGAACUCGACUACCUCGUCUACGCCCUGCUGAAAGAAGUAAUCGCCAAAUCCCAAAUCGACCCCUCCCAAAUCGAAGAUGUCUGCCUCGGCAACGUCAACGACGGAAAGGCCGCCUACCUGGUCCGCGCUGCCUCUCUUGCCGCCGGAAUCCCGCACACGGCUGGUGCAUCCUCCGUGAACCGCUUCUGCUCCUCGGGCCUCAAGGCCGUGCAGGAUAUCGCGAACCAGAUCUCACUCGGCGCUAUUGAUGUGGGCGUUGCGGUCGGCGCGGAACUCAUGUCUGCGGGUGGAGAUCGUCUGAAUAAGCCGUUCAACAGUGAGGUCCUGCAGAACCAGGAGGCUGCGGACUGCAUGCAGCCGAUGGGACAGACGAGCGAGAAUGUCGGCAAGGACUUCAACAUCAGUCGGGCACAGCAGGAUGUGUAUGCGGCGGAGUCGUUUCGACGGGCGGAGACCGCGCAGAAGGCGGGCUGGUUCGAUGACGAGAUCGUGCCGAUCACGACACGCGUCAAGGACCCCAAGACCGGCGAGGAAAAGUCCGUGACGCUCUCCAAGGAUGACGGCGUGCGCUACGGCACGACCGUUGAGUCCCUGUCCAAGAUUCGUCCGGCCUUCCCGGACUUCGGCGAUAAGAGUACCGGCGGAAACUCGAGCCAGGUUACGGAUGGGGCUGCGGCGGUUUUGCUCAUGCGACGCAGCAAGGCGAUUGAACUGGGUCAGCCGAUUCUGGCGAAAUUCGUCGGUGCGACGGUUGCUGGUGUCCCGCCCCGUGUUAUGGGCAUUGGGCCUACGGCUGCGAUCCCGAAGCUCCUUUCUAAGUUUAACAUCGACAAGGAUGAUGUUGAUAUCUAUGAGAUCAAUGAGGCGUUUGCGUCGAUGGUGGUUUACUGCGUCGAGAAACUGGGGCUGGAUCAUGCGAAGGUGAACCCUAGGGGUGGUGCCAUUGCGUUGGGACACCCGCUUGGUGCGACAGGCGCGAGGCAGAUUGCUACUAUUCUGAGCGAGGCGCGGAGGACAAAAGCGAAGGUGCUGGUUACGAGUAUGUGUAUUGGCACUGGGCAGGGGAUGGCUGGGCUGUUUGUUAAUGAGCAGGCUUAA